AUGGAUCUGGCACUGCUGGAAAAGGUUCUUCUGGGGCUCUUUGCGGCGGUCACUCUGGCCGUGGUCGUCUCCAAGGCCAGGGGGAAGCGGUUCAAGCUCCCCCCGGGGCCCCUACCAGUCCCCGUCUUCGGCAACUGGCUCCAGGUAGGGGAUGAUCUCAACCACCGCAACCUCACGGCGCUCGCUCGCCGAUUUGGGGACAUCUUUCUGCUCCGGAUGGGGCAGCGCAACCUGGUGGUCAUCUCCUCGCCGGAUCUCGCCCGCGAUGUGCUCCACACGCAGGGUGUGGAGUUCGGCUCCCGCACGAGGAACGUGGUGUUCGACAUCUUCACUGGCAAGGGGCAGGACAUGGUGUUCACCGUGUACGGGGAGCACUGGCGGAAGAUGCGGCGGAUCAUGACCGUCCCGUUCUUCACCAACAAGGUGGUGCAGCAGUACCGCGCAGGGUGGGAGGAUGAGGCACGCAGUGUGGUGGAGGACGUCAAGGCCAACCCCAAGGCCGCCACCGAGGGGAUCGUGCUGCGGCGGCGCCUCCAGCUGAUGAUGUACAACAACAUGUACCGGAUCAUGUUCGACCGCCGGUUUGAGAGCGAGCAGGAUCCCCUGUUCGUGAAACUCCGCGCGCUCAACGGCGAGCGGAGCCGCCUCGCCCAAAGCUUCGAGUACAACUACGGCGACUUCAUCCCCAUCCUCCGCCCCUUCCUCCGUGGAUACCUCAAGAUCUGCAAGGAAGUCAAGGACCGCCGCCUCCAGCUCUUCAAAGACUACUUCCUCGAGGAACGCAAGUCAGUACCCCUAUCCAUCUACUCCUCCUCCGCCCUCUUCCAGUAGAUACGAAGCCGCUAAAACCAGCAAAGAUUAAUCCACGGAGCGAUUCGUUGAGAGAAGCAGCAUCAGAACACAGAUCAACCUCGACGAAACAAUCUCCACUGGGGAAUCACACUUCUCCUCACCUGCGCAGGCUGGCGAGCACCAAGGGAUCACACGACCUCAAGUGCGCCGUGGACCACAUCCUCGAAGCUGAGAAGAAGGGGGAGAUCAACGAGGACAACGUCCUCUACAUCAUCGAGAACAUCAACGUCGCCGGUACUUUCCCUCCCUCCUCUCCUAGAAUCUGUUCGGUGUCAGAGCGGUGGAAACCGCUCGGAUCCUCGAGAUCCGUCGACCCGUGAGCCGCAGUCACGUGUAAGAACCCAACCAACAGGGUGACUAACCUACUGUCCCUUGCAGCUAUUGAGACGACGCUGUGGUCGAUCGAGUGGGGCGUAGCGGAGCUGGUGAACCACCCGGAGAUCCAGAGGAAGCUGAGGGCAGAGAUUGACGCGGUGCUGGGCCCGGGCGUCCAGGUGACGGAGCAGGACACCCACAAGCUCCCCUACCUGCAGGCCGUGGUCAAGGAGACUCUCCGCCUGCGGAUGGCCAUCCCCCUCCUCGUCCCACACAUGAAUCUCCACGAUGCCAAGCUCGCCGGCUACGACAUCCCCGCCGAGAGCAAGAUCCUCGUCAACGCCUGGUUCCUCGCCAACAACCCCGAGCAAUGGAAGAAGCCGGAGGAAUUCCGGCCGGAGAGGUUCCUCGAGGAGGAGGCCAAGGUGGAGGCCAACGGGAACGACUUCCGCUACCUACCCUUCGGGGUGGGCCGGAGGAGCUGCCCCGGGAUCAUCCUCGCGCUCCCCAUCCUCGGCAUCACCAUCGGCCGCCUGGUGCAGAACUUCGAGCUUCUCCCGCCGCCGGGGCAGGGCAAGCUGGACACCACCGAGAAAGGAGGCCAGUUCAGCCUUCACAUCCUGAAGCACUCCACUAUCGUCUGCAAGCCCCGGGUCUUCUGA